GAUUAUAUCACCGCAACACACGAGCGGUCACUGCUGAUCAGCAUCUGGUGAUUCUGAACGUCCUGUUAUGGCAUCUGGUGAAUCCGAACGUGCUGUUAUGGCAUCAGAUGAUUGGGCACAACCUGAUAUGUCAUCAGUUGAUUGGGAACAUCCUGAUAAGGCAUCAUUGCAUGUGAUACAUGCUACACUGUGUGGAGGCAUAGUUAAAGUUCCGUCCUGGGAAAAAGACAUCAAUAACCUUCCAGAUGAACGCAGAACAGCUCGAUGGCCUUUCCGUCGCAGGAACCGAACAAAUGAAGCACCCAUCAAUAUAAUUGAUGAACCACCCAUCAACUUGACUGAUGCAGCAGCAGCAAUCAACAUAAUAUCUGAAAGAAAACCCAUCAGCAUGACUGUCUCAACAAAAAAAUCCGAGGAACGAGGCAGGGGACGUCUAGAUCCCUAUGAACCUAGCGAUAGCUCGUCGAUGGUAAAGUCCCUCUAUGACGCAUGUAAAUCUGGAGACAAAGAAAAACGUUUCAAACAGCAUGCAAACUGUCCAGAGUUGUUUACACAGAACAGUAUCCUGUUCCCUAAAUCAAGAAAUAUAGAUGGCUGUAUCGCUGCAAAAUAUUCGGUGAUUAAAGAAAAAAGAAAAGCGGAUAACAAAUCCUUGCUCCAAGAGGCCCGUCGCUCUGACAAGUCCUCUCUCGUGGAAAUAACACGUGAAUUAAAUAAGUAUGAAAUUUAUGACAAAGAUGAGAAGGAGCAUAAGAUAAACAAAACAAUCCGUUAAAUGACCAAUGAAAACAAAAUUCAGCAUACUUGUAACAUCAAUUUAACGUUAUAUAACAUU